UUCUUCUUUUUCGGCUGUUCAGCUGGGGAUAUUACAAAAAAAAAGAACGAAAAGGGGGGAAGAAAAUUGAAAAUACGAAAAUCAUCAUGGCUACAUCGACGCUGCAGCUGGAAUUUUCGCAAGCAAUGGCCGAUUUCAAGAAGAUGUUCCCCGACAUUGACCGCGAAGUGAUUGAGGCUGUGCUGCGCGCUAAUUUGGGCGCCGUGGAUCAAACAAUCGACCAACUGCUUGCGAUGUCAACUGACAACCAGAACGAAAAACUGCGCAAUGAACUGGAUGCUAAUGUCUCACCACAACAGAGUCUCAUCAAUCUAAACGAUCCGGACAAGGAGCUGCGACGCAAUCAACAGCAACAGCAGCAGCUCAUUGACACCACAGAUGGCGUCGCCAGCAAUACGACAGAGAGCAGCGCUGCCGCAGCCGGUCACACAUUGCUCAGCACAGCAAACACAGCGUCGCCGCAUCACAAUACGGGCGCCUCGCCCAAGCAACGUCCGCUGGGCGCCUCAAAUAAAUUGAAUGCCAGCGGCAGCUUGAACAACACGCCCACCAAGCGCAGUAGCAACAGCAGCACCAACAACACAAAUCGACGCUGGAAUCCACCGAUUUUGGGUGUGUUGCCGGCUGGAUUUUUGCGAAUUACUCCAGCAGCUGGACAACAGGAUUUUGAGCUGCCAGAUGAGCAGUUUGCUCUAAUGCUGCAGAAUGAAGAGUUUAUGAAUCAAUUGCGAUGGAAUCAGGACUUUAUGAAUGCGCUGGAAAAGGAGCAAAGUGGCAAAUCGAAAGGCGAGGAUGAUGCACCGUUCCAGGAGAGGCUGAAGAAUAUGGGCAAAAUGUCACGCAAGAAAUUCCUACAAAUGGCGCGUGUCUUCACCUGGCAGCGGAAUAAAAAGGUGACCACUGCCAAACAAAUUGAUUCGCUGCCAUUGCGUGAAGAGCCCAGCGACGAUGAAGAUCAUCAUCAUCAUCAUCAGCAGCAGCAUCAACAACAGCAGCAGCAGCAGCAACAGAGCCAAGAACAGCAUUCACAACAACAGAGCCAAGUCCAACAGCAGCAACAGGGUCAAUUGCAGUUGCGAAAGUAAAGACCAGGAGCCUUGUGUCGAGGGUUCCUUUUGUUUGUUAUCUUAUAUACAUACUUAUACUUAUCCUUAUCUUAUUAUCUCAUUGGGCCAUAAAAAAGCACAUACGUCAAGGUCGCUCUGAUUACUCAGAUGUAUGCGUAAACUCGCAGCUAACAAACGUAAUCUCCUCCUCCCCCUCUCACAAAACAAAAAGAACCGUAGUAAUCUCAAUGCAACAAGAAAUAAUCAUUACUAUAUAUGUUAUAUAUGAUUCUAGUUCAAAAAAGUCACCUAAUAACCUAAAGUGCAAUUUCUCCCCACACUCCCAGUGCAAUAUUAUAAUGUGAAUAUUUUAUAUACAUAUAUAUAUUUUUAUUGUUUUAUUUUUUUUUGUCCAUAUUUUACUUAUUUUUACCUUCACUUUUCGUUGUUGCCAAAUUAGCAUAUAAUUAAGUUUUAUUGAUAUACUACUAUUAUAUUUUUAAAUGGCAGCUUUUUUGUCAAAAAAGAAGACGUAAUGUUGGACUGAUAUGAAAUGCGUUAAUUAAUACAAUUAAAAGCAUCACAGCAAAUGAAAAUGAUAAUGAUCUAAUGAUCUGGCAUGAAACGAUAUGACAUACACAAUAUAAAUGUAUAUCUAGAGCACUUGCUAAACUCAAAAAUGAAAACUAGUCAUUAAAUAAACGUUAAAACAAUUUAUGUACAGUAAUCAAGCUAAAUAUUUGUGCUACUAUCUCCCCAUUUGAUCCAAUAUCAUGCCUCAUACUGACCGAUUCUUAGCAGUUUUUAAAGUCCAUAUAUAGUAUAUACAUAGAUAAUUCGUAUGAUAUCCGCCUACGCUUUGUUGGCUUCAACUCUCAACACGUCGUCGUAAAUCUCCAGAUAUAAAUUUGAUAAUGUCCAUAUCAACUGUUGAUAUUACCAGAUAUAUAGUAUGGACAUAUAUAUACCAUCCAUAUCUUUGGUGGCUAAGCAUUAAAACAAAAAAAAACAUGCAACUAUUUGAUUGUAAUUGUACUUGUACUUGUAUUAUAAACCAUAUUUGAAAAACUAUUAUAUUAUAUUCAUAUUCCAAGUAUAAAAUACAG